GACGUAACAAAGUCUUCCCAAGCCACUGCUUCUUGGUUCAGGUAUGACCGAGAUGGACCUCCUUGCUCAACACCACCUGCAAGGAACUUCAGCCAUAUACUAUAUCCCAAACUUCAUCUCUGAAGAUGAAGAACAGUAUUUACUGCGGAAGAUAGAAGAUUCCCCAAAGCAGAAAUGGAAGAUGUUGAAUAAUCGUAGACUGCAAUUAUGGGGGGGUGAAGUUCUCCAGAAGAACAUUCUGUUUCGCCAGGACUUUCCUGUAUUCUUGAAUGACUUUCCUAAUGUUCUGGGACGUCUCAGAUCCCUGGGGGCCUUCAAUCAGUCCACACACAGAGGGCCCAAUCACGUCAUACUGAACGAAUACCAUCCAGGACAAGGCAUCAUGCCCCACGAAGAUGGUCCCUCAUAUCACCCAGUGGUCGCAACUAUAUCCCUAGGAUCGCAUGCUACCUUCCAUUACUAUCGGUAUAAGGAUCAUGACAGUUUGAAUGUCGACUCUAGAUCAAUUGGACAUAGCGUCAAUCCAGCGCCUGUAUUGUCAUUAUUCUUGGAGCCUCGCAGUGUCGUGGUCACGACAGGAGAACUUUACACUAUGCAUCUGCAUGGCAUAGACGAGGUCGAAGCCGACAUGUUCGUCGGCGAUGGUUUCCUGCUUCUUCCAGAUGGAUCGCACUCGCGGAUCGUCAAUCGUCACAUGCUUCAUAAGACGGCUGCGGAGAUUGUUGAAUCGGGAGGGACGAUCGGGAGGUCAACUAGGUACAGUCUUACUUGCCGGGAUGUCGAGAAAGUGGCAAAUGGGAGGGUUGCAAGUGUUGUCAGCCGUACUUGACCUUGACCAUGGUGUCUACAUGGCUCAAAGGGACAGUGUCCCCACAUUUAAGUCUAGACCUUUGAAAAAUACAUAUACCUUACAUGUAAGCCAUGCCGGCACCUGAUUCGACGGAGA